AUGGGACGGUUAGCUUAUCAGUUAUCCGCCACCGUAGGUGCACUAUGCUUAUUUAUUCCACUAACUGAUGCACAAACAUCCGAGCCCGAGUGGGCCCCGACCGGAAAACUCAAUCAGUUCAAAGGUUUCGCCACUCCUCGUCCGCUUCCACCGAAUGCUCAAUUUGAACAGAAGAAUUCGCUUGUUUAUGCUUUAGUUUAUACUUCCGUAUGGGCUGGAUGGUCGUCGUGGUCGUUCUGUAGUAAUGGAGUACGAAUGCGUGUGCGAGCAUGUAAUACUGUGAAAGGAUUCAAUUGUUUAGGACCUAAUAAGGAGUUCACACCAUGCGACGGUAGCAAUCGACGCAUUCAUGGGAAUCACGCCGCAUCACCGUCGGACUACACCGACUACGAUAUCGUCGAUCCUUACGAAGCGGAUCGUCGUGAAGCGAUGCGACAACUUUAUCCGGACGAUCAUCCUGAGAAAGAAGAUCGAGAAAAGAAUCCAAACUUUGUUGUGCUUUCCGCUAAAUCUCCGUCCGGAUCCGCUCCCGGAUCAUUCCGUGCGCAUGCGGCUGAACCUAUACGUGAGUCUUCAAUGAUUGACAUCACAAAAGCUGCGUCUGAGCUACCUGAAGCAACGGCGGAUGUCGAAUCGUUAAAUCCUAAAUGGUCACCGUUAAGUAGUGUGGAUUCAUCUAGGGAAACAUUCAAAUGGGUAGAAAAUCCUGAAUACGAUUGGGGUGGGCUGGAAAGCGCUCAUAAAGCAGCUGAUUCCUCCAAAACGAUGAACGUACAAGCGGAACCGGAUCCGGGCAUGGCAUUAAUUGUUAGUACAAGCCCUAUGCCUAUGCUGCCUGAUCGUUUGUUGUCCACCGCAAAAAAUGACGAGAACGCUGAACAGCUGAUUGAUCUAUGGUUGUUCAUUUUCGUUACGGUAACUUACAGUAAUUCAAAUGAGGAUGACAGAGCUUCCGUCGAGCACAGUGACUUCCAGAAAAAUCAACACCUUGCCGUACAUCCACCAGCGCAUCCUUCAGAAGAACGAGGCUACGGACCUCCAGGUCCACGUCAAUUCGCUGUAAAAACGACACCUGUGGACAAAGACGUCGAACGAUCGAAUUUAGAGGACCAAGGGCAACUUCAACUUCAUCGUGAAGAAAUUGACGCAGCAUUGAGCUCAUUGCAAAUCCGUGAAGAAGGCCGAACCAGUGGUAGCCCUAAGCGGCAACCGGACGUACGGGUUUGGGACGUAUCUGAACUAACGGAGCCGGUGAAUAAAACGCGAGGCUCAAACGAUUUUUCCAAAUGGAGGAAAGAAGCGGAUAUUACGAAAAAGAGUUUAGCUGAGCCGGAAGACGAAGAAAAGAAGGACGAAAGAACAGAUCCAGUGGGUGUGGUCCAUGAACGUGAAAAAACUGUGAGAAAUGUCACUGUAGUUGCUGAGGAGCUACCGGAACUGAAGCUGACCGAGCCACCUACCACAACACAACCAAUCACCACAACGUCACUGCCAGUUCUCGAUGAUGAGGAACAUUUUGAACAGUUUGGUACUCGACCACAACUUGUGCAGCCAAAGCUGAACAGAAACGACAUCAGUGAUGACGCUGUUCCGGAACUGGUGGUACCUGUCGGGGUGCAAGCUCCUCGCACUCUGCCGACUACCCUUUCAGAGCCAACAGAGCCGAUCACAACAGCGCCACAGACAUCCACAAUCGCUACAGAAAUAUCCAGAGAGGAAUUUGCUACUGCUUCAGCAACAACCUUACAAGAAGUUACCACUUCAUUCCAGGAUAAACGCACGGAAAGUCAGAAGGAUAUCAAUGAUGAACGAAUACUUUUGGAACCAAGAAAUCCACUCACUUAUAAGGUAAACAAAAAUUACAACGGUCUUAGCAAGGAGAUUCCAGAAAAUGCUGUGAAGUCGAAGAAAAUGAAAGGUUUUGGUUUCACCGGCUUUUUCAUCCGCAAAAAUCGACCUACCGCUAAGAAACACGUUUUGCACGAUGGUGAAAGUACGCCGAAAGUAAGCACUCCAGUGAGGACAACCACACGUAGGGUUACCAGACCAACAACCACAACCACCAGAGCGCCAUUACUGGAAGAGGAACUCUCACCGGAUACAUUACAUGCACUUGAUUGGAUGUUGCAGAACAUCACAAAAAUUGCUGAGAGAGGAGAUGAGGCAUUUAUGAGAGCUCUUGAAGUCAACGCUCAAGGUCAUCCGAACGUGAUCGAUGUUCGAAAUCGGAAUGUUUUCGUUCCGGAAUCAGCUGAACUUGUUGUACCGUAUGCAACGAUAAGGAGACCAGAACAUGGGAAGAAGCUGAAGAAAACAAAGAAGUCGAAGAAAGGACAACGAAAGGGAUUAUCGAAGAAAAGAAAAGCCAAAAAGGUUAGAGAUCUUGCAGGCAGGGCCCAUUAUGGAGAAUAUAAACCCACGCAUGUGGAUAAAACCAGAAUAUUCCCCAAAUUCAAAAGCACCAUCACUAUGGCAAAUCGUGCACGAUCAUUCGGUAUACGAACGGUUACCGAUGAUAAGGAUGAAACGCAAUGGGAUCAGGCAGUUAUCGAUGAGGCAAUUGAGGCGGCCUCGCAAAAAGGCUUAGGAAAGAAAGGUCCCACCACCACCGAAGAUCCAGCUCGUCUCGUUGAGGAAAUAAAAGCACUCCAGGGCAUAAUGAAUAACAUUGAAGAAAAUGCUUCUUCUCCCGCUGGUAAAAAGGUGAGCUACGAUGAGACCGAUGAUACAGAACCGCAGUCGAACUACACCAAGGUUAUGCGUUCUGCAAUGGAUCUCUCAUUGAUCCCCUCACAACAUGGAUUCGUGCCAGGAUAUAGUGAAGAAUUCCACCAGCAACCAAUGCAUGUAAUUACAGAAGGAACGGCUACAGUAGCAGAAUCUUACUGGUCAGAAUGGGGAUCCUGGGCGGAAUGCUUCUGUGGGAAGCAAGUUCGAACGCGACGUUGUAUAUACUCAGGUCCAAUGAGUUCAGGGUGUAAAGGUAAUUCGUACGAGUCGCGAAGUUGUUCAGGCGGACAAUGUCCGGUGCCUACAGAGGCAAAUCGCCCAGAGUUGAUUACCACUGAGAGUCCGCAGCAAACACCUGCGAGCCCAACAAAUCCACGACGGCAUUUUAGGCCACUUAAGCUUCAUACGGCUACGUCUCUUUCAUGA